AUGGGCUUCAAGAAAGUACCUGAUAGGGGAUCGGAUGAGGAGUUUCCCAAUGUUCGGGAGGCCUCCUGGUCUAGUGGGGCCAAGAAACAAAAGAGAGGGCGGCCGAGGAUCCACAAACUUCCUGCAGAAUCAUCAUCAACAAACCUCCCUCAAACAACGACUUACUCUUUCCAAAACCAUGAACACAACAUUCUGGAAGAAGAAAUACCUCAUUAUCCGGGAGAUCUAACUGAUCAGCAGGUACUUGAUAACCUGAGACAGCUAGAUGACGACAGAACGGGAGGAAAGUCUCAAAAUGAUUACCUGAGGGAAUGGCUCCCGAAACGAGAGGUGUAUCUUGGAACAAUGAUUGGAGGAGAAGCCCCGGAUCCGGAUCUGAAUGGACGAAACCAUCAAUUUACACCUUUCCACCGUGUUGAGAAGUGGACGGGUCUAUAUUUCCGUCCGGGAGCUCUGUGGGAAGUGGGUGUCAAGUUGUAUUUGGGUCAUAAUGGGAAGUGGUGUCCUUAUCCCACGGAUCCGAGCCAUCUAGGAUGCGACAGCGGAAACAAUUCAUCCAGGAGUCAUGGGCACGGUGGAAACAAUUUGCCCAUCUUUGAGGAUGAACACGGAUUGGACCUGGAUCCGCUUCCUGCAAGCAAUAACCAAGAAUCCUUUACAGCUCAGCUUCUGGCGGACCCGGAGGUACCCCAUUUGGUUGAGCUGGACAAUGGAGAUGAUGAAGACAAUGAUCUAUUUGAAGAAGUCGAUACAACCUAUCUGGACCAACCUCGUCCAAAGGCAGCAGACAACAAUGGAAUUCCUUUCAAGGCAAUUGUGCACACCUCCGGAGUCCAUUAUCUACCCGUGCAAACAUGCAUAUGCCGGUCCGUCCGCCUUCCGUCUAUCAAUUUACAGUAUCUAGAGAUGGGAUUAUUUGCAGCCAGCUUUGAAAACAUUCAAACUGUGUUUACAGUUGAGGUCCUUGAGGACUUUUGGAUGGACAACCUCGAGUGCAAAAUGUCGGCUUAUCAGUAUUACCAAAAGUUGCAAAGACUGACUUCGCCAGCGUUUCCAAAAAAGGUGCUGAACCGCUAUUGUGAAUUGAGAAGGCUUAGUAGAGAAUACAGGGACCUCGUCCUGAGACGACAUUAUGGAGAAGGGCAUACAAGAGAAGCGGUGGUUUCUUACUAUCGUCAUUGCUAUGAUUCAUCACCAGCAAGGAUGGGUAUUAAUGUAUUUGAUCCGAUCAAUGGCAGAUCUGAUAGUCCGUCUCAGGAACUCGGUAUGUCAACGGACCCGUCACCGGGACACGGCGGAUUAGAUGGUCCGCCUGCACCACAAAUGACGCGGACCAAGGAUUAUCCCAAAGUUGAAGAUAGGAGAGGGAAGUUGGCCUUAUUCUGCCCCGCCUGUCCACAGCCUGGAAUAAACCUACCAGAUACCUGGAUUGAUGAUGCUGACAGUUAUGUUGCAGAUGGUAAUUUCAAAGCAGAUCACCUCAAUCAGAAAAACGAGGGAGACGAUGUUUGGUUAAGCAUUGGAGAAGGAUACAUGACUGCUCUGGGCCCAUACAAGGAGCACAUCAAGGAAGCAAUUUCUCUUGCUCCACGUUAUAAACUGACGGAAUGUCUUUACAACUACGCAUCCACCUAUGUCCCGGGUGUGGGAAUCAUUGAUGGAGAAAUCCUGGAGCCGUUGUGGUCUGUGUUAAAUGACACAUCCCGGAGUACACGUUCCGCUACCACUGCCCAUCAAGCAGAGGUUUUGGACGACCACAUGUGGGAUUCCAACUGGAAGAAGAACAUUAAUAUGGCUGCAACAAUUGCUGCAAAGUUCAAACGGGCACGGGAACAGUCCGGAAUCACAGACCAAUUUUAUAGGGGUAUCACGGAUCAACAAGAUUCCGGGCUCAUCAACACUUGGGAAGAUAAAAUUUCAAAAGCAGAAGCGGACCAAGAACAAGGUGUGGCCGACACUGUUGGCAAGGUAAUGGCAAGCAAAGUGAAAACGGCUGCUGGAUGCCAAGAAAUUGAAUUGCAUCUUUCAAAUAUGGAACUUACAUCUAAUGGUGCUACUGGAAAGGCAGCAUGGAUAUCAUCCGGCUUAAAACUGGAGCAAAUUGGAGCUCAGGGACCAUGUCAGAAAGCUCGGAAAGUGUCCUUCUACCGCGCAGAAACUUGA